UUAAAUUUUAUUGCUCGAGAUAAUUUUGUACUAGUAGUUUGUGUACUGUGUCUGAUAUGACUUUUGGAGAUUCCUUGCAAAAAAUCUUGUGUUCAGAGAGCAUUAUAAGAUUUUAUCUUUUUUGGGGGAUUGAAUAGUUUAUGCCAUCCUUCGUUUUACUUAUACGUGUCUGUCACUCUGCUGUGCCUAUCAGAGAAAUCUUUAGUUAGUUGGAAUUGGGUAGUUUUUGCAUUUCAAAGUAUGUCCUUGUUCAGAGCUGUUUUGUUUCAGUUCUCCUUUUCUAGGGUCUCCAUGGUUUUCUCCAUACGUGCUGCUAGCUGUAGGUGGUGUUUCUGAUGCAAUGGCUUCAUACCUGGCUAAGGUCCAACAAGGCUUCAUAUUGCCAGUUAAUUCAUUUUGUAGCAUGUGUUAUAAGACUUCCUAUUUGUGGUUAUUGUCAAUUGUUUCAGAAGGUUUUCAUUACUAGAGCGGAUGGUACAUAUCAUCCAGAGUUAGUCCUAUUGAACGUAGUCAAACUUAUGCUAAUUUUCGACAACAUUUUUGCAUCUUACAUGUGCGCCAGACUGUAACCAGGGUGGUGGUGUUGUUGCAAGCAUCCCUUACUACUAAACAAUAGCCCUGUGGACACCCAAUGGCCAGGGCUGCUGUUGUCAUUAGUAUGUUUGGACUUUUAGUUGUGGCUAAACGCUAGAGGGUACUCCCAAGUUUUCUGGCCUCUUUAUUGCUCACUUGUUGUCAAGUUGUAGAUAGAUCUGCUUUGGAAAUGGUAUAAUUUCCAUUUGCUUGGUUGUUGAAAUGCUUCAUCCUGAUACCGAUCACUCUCACAGUAAUAGAAGUUGAUGAUUUUAAUCCAACGAUUGUUCAGCUAUGGAAAUUGCAAAUGUUGCCAUGGAAUGUGUUGAUUCCGCAUGUAUGACUCCAAUUCUAGGUUGGCAGAGUCCUAGAAUUUCUUUCUGUCAAGAUAUUACAGGUGACAGAUUUUCAUUAGAGAGGAGGAGAAGGGAAGAAGUAGUUAAUUAUUCAACAGAUUUCGAGUUCUGUAUGUUACAAAGUGAUGCAGAUCCAACCAUUUUUGGUCAAACAAUGCUCACAGCUGAUGAAUUGUUUCUCAAUGGCAAGCUUCUACCUCUGCAUAUUCCUCCACAGAUUCUUCAUCAGGAAAUGGAUGAUGCCACACCUAAUGCUGCUGCUGAGCCAGAACCAAAGCCAGAGACCAAAAUUGAAACUACAGAAACUAUUCAGAUUGUGAACCUAGAGGAUGCAAAAUCAUCUGCAGAGUUUGGUUCAAAUAAGGUACCUGUUUCACCGAGAUCCCCUAAGCUCAGUCACAGAUGGAAAGAGAUUUUCAAGAUUGGCAAGCUUCAGGUAUCAACGUCAAGGGAGGAUGAGCAUCAGGAAACCAAGAAAGGGGCAAAGAAGGAAAGCUAUAAAUCUGGUUUUGCAUUGAAGCAGCCCCUGUCACCAAGAUCCAUAUGGCCCUUCUCUAGGAGUAGUUCAGCAGGGGAUGCAAAAGUCAACAGUGCAUACUGUUCCUUAGCGUCUUCCAGGAGCAAUUCAGCCGGAGAUAGUAAUUAUAAGCCCAAAGCAAGCAGUGCACCAUGUUCACGAAGUAACUCAGGUGGUGAUUCCAAAUUGAAAGCACGAAAUGCUUCGAGUUCCAAAAUUCACACCGAUUUCAAUACAAAACCUGUAAGAAUGUUUUCUAAUUCUAUUACUUCAUCAUUAUCGUCCAACAGUGUUGCAUCAGAACCAGUAGAUUUUAGUGUAGCUUCAACACAGCAAGAAACUUGCCCCCUUCCAAGUUCAGGCAUUCCUCCAGUAUCUACCACUGAAGAGUCUAAGAAAAGCCUAGAAUCAAUGUCUAAGCUUGGUGUGGUGAGUGAUGUUGGCUCACCUGAACGGACAAAUCCUUGGAGCGCUAAGAAAAAGAAUGGUCGUACAAAAUCAAAGGAGAAAAGGUCCCCAAACAAAACCUCUACAGAUGGAGUCCAAGGAUCAAUUUCGACAAGAAAUAAGGGAUGUGCAAGCCCAGGAAGGACUCUCAGAACACGGAGUCCUUCAGGAAAUUAUGGAAGAGGAAGUCCGGUUAGGAUCAUUGGGCGGUCAGGGACAAUUAAUGGAAGCCCAGGAAGAGUUGGAUCGGGUAAAUUCAUGAUCAAGAACCUUGAAAGAUGCACAGCCAACUCCAAUAAAUCAGUAAAGUCACAGGAUUCUGUUUGGCCAGGAAGACAGAAGGAAGUGCUGAAUACAACGGAUAGGGGUGGUUCAUAUUCCAAUGGUGUGAGAGUGCUGAAUGUGCCUGUAUGCAUGACUCAUCCUAGGUUAGGUAGGGCGUCUAAUAACAGACUUUUUAACUUCAGGUCAUUGUUUGCCAGAAAGGAGAAAGAAUGUUCUCUUGUGAACUGAUUUCACAGUUUGGGACACACGAUAAGUUCUGUGAAAGGGUUUUAUAGAGGUCACAUAAAAAUGUGAAUGCAGGGCUUGCAAUGCAUAGAAUUAACUUCAUGCAUUUCUUUUACAGGUUGAAUUUGAGUGUUUCGACAUGUCUAAGGUCCUACCUACUGUUUAUUGAAAUUGAGUCUUUUACUGAUGUUGGCAUUCUAUAGCUUCAAUUACUUCUACAAGUAUCCCAACUUGUACAUAUACUCACAUGGAAACUAUUUCAGAAAUUCCAUGAAGUACUCAUUACUGUCAGUUUUGUUGUUCUUUCAUAAAGCACAAAUAUGAGAUUUCUAUGUAAAUAGAGGGCUUGGAUAUUUAGUCUACUCCAAGCAUCUUGCUAUGGGUUUUGAAACAGAGUAAUCAAAGAGCUUGGACAUUUAGUUCACUCCAAGCAUCCAGCUAUUGGUCUUAAAACAGAGUAACCAGAGGUCUUGGAUAUUCAGUCCACUCCAAGCAUCUUUAUAUGGGUCUUAUAGAAACAGAGUCUCAGCUGAACUGCAGAUAUUAUUUUCCACUUGCAUGCUAAUCUUUAUUUCAAAUAAUAUUAGUGCAUUAGUAGAACUGCUGCAUUUUUGUUUGUUAUUCUACACAUGAGAGAUCUGGUGUGACAAGCAGCGAGCAACUCUAGGCUGUAGAUGUUUUACAGAAGAUGUAACAAGUCUGGUAUUUGGGUAUAUAUUUAUUAUUGUAAUUAACCGAUUUGAUUCGAGAAUUAUAUGAAUGCCAUGUACUGAUUCUUGUUUUGUAAGUUA